CCGCCCCUCCGCGGCCCCCCUCUCCCGGUGCUGCAUCACCUCUCGUCGAGCCUCACGUCGAUGAGGCCGGUGACGCCCGCCUAGCAGCCCCGCCAUGCGCCCCGCCGGACCCUCCGCCGGGCGCUCCGGACCCCCAGGAGCAGCAGGCCGCCGAGGGCCCAGCGGCACCGCCAGCUGCACCGCUCCCGCUGGCUAACUCAGACCCAGGCCCGCCCCCGCUCGUCAUGAGGGACAAGAAGAAGAACAAGCAGGCCCAGUGCACGUGCACGUGCGAGCAGGGGCAGUUCGUGACGCACGCGGCCGGGGCCGGCCACGGCCACAGCCACGGCCCCGGCUACGGCCUCAAGUCGGCCCUCAAACGCACGGAGAGCGGCCGGGGCCCGCGGCAGCGCGGCAGGCGAGUGCACUUUGAUGAGUCGCUCAACACGUUCUUCGAGUCGGACUAUGUCAUCAUCGUGCGCGAGGAACCCGACCCAGACGAUGACGAGUGCGACCAGGACGCGUGUGACGGCCAGUACGAGCUGUGCGGCUACUACCAGCAGCAGCGCGACCAGCCGUUCCACGAGUGCGACAACGAAUACUGUUCCGGGUACUCGGGCCGGUAUGACUACCCACACGGCCACCAGGUGGGCCACCAAGGCCACCAAGCCCACCAGGGCCACCAGGGCCAUGGUCACGCCACGGAAAGCCCGUCCGCGGAGUAUGUGGAUCACCAACUCACCCUCAGCCCACCCGAGGGCUACAAGGACUCACAGCAUUUCAACUUCUGCCACCGCCACCACCACCCUCACUACCCGCCCAAUCAGCAGCAGCAGCAGCAACUACAACAACUACAACAACAGCAGAUGCAACAGCAACAACAGCAGCAGCAACAGCAGCAACAACAACAGCAGCAACAACAAUAUCAGCAAUACCAACAACAACAACAAUACCAGCAACAGUACCAGCAACAACAGUAUAGACAACAGUUGCAGCAACAGCAGUACCUCCAACAACAACAGCAGCAACAGCAGCAACAGCAGCAACAGCAGCAGCAACAACAACAACAACAACAGCUCCAACUACAGCAACAGCAGCAGCAGCAUCACCCGCCGCAGCCGCAGCAGCAACAACAACAGAUGCCGCCGCAACAGUCGAGCGCCAAGGCGCCCCCUCAUCACCACCAGCUGACGUCCCAGCAGCAGCAGCUGCAGCAGCAAUUGACUCAGCAGCUUCAGCAGCAGCUGCAGCAGCGCGCCGUUCAGCAGGAGACCGGCCGGAGAUCAGACACCGCGGCGGACGGCGGCGAGGAUGCAGGCCCGCCCCUCGGCCCGCCCGGGGGCACGCUGCCGGCGCGGAGGCCCAGCCGCGGCUCCACCUCGGGCGGCCAAGGCCUCGGCCACAGCACGGUGGCGACGGCGACUGAGGGCGCGGUCGAGGACGCGGCGGAGGACGCCAAGGGCGCGCGCGGCGGUGCCGGCGGCGUGCAGCAGGCCUCGGCCGCGGCCACGCAGCAGCGCUUCAUCGUGGAGACCAUCACGAUGACAACCGUGACGGAGCGACGCAUCGUGCGGGAGGCGAGCGAGAGCGGCGAGCAGGUGGUGGCGGGCGCUCAGGGCCGCGGCGGCAUCCUCAAGGGCGGCAAGAUGUGGAGGACGCCGUCAGCGGAGGGGGCACCUCCCAACGCGCUCCCCGCGCCACCCGACGCCUCGGCGGCCGCGGCCUCGCCGAUCAUGUCGCCGAGUUCGCCGACAGACGACAACGACAACAGGCCUAUGGUGCGCUUCACGGAGGAGGAGCUUGCGGAGCGGUCCGCGGCCAGCGGCGCCGAGUCAGACCCGACCCCGGAGAAGGCGGCGGCGGCCGCGACCGCGGCCAGCGCGUCCACGGCCAGCGCCCCAGCCGCGCAGCCAGACCACAAGCCCGGCGAGGUGACGCUCCAGUUCCGGAUCGGCUCCAGCAUCCUGCAGGCGGGAUCCCUCCAGCGGCCCAACAGCGCCGUGCGCCAGCUGUUCCCGGGGUCGCUGGGCGCCGACGACGACGAGGAGGUGCCGCUGCCGCUGCCCUACCUGCUGACGGCCGACUCGCUGCGCGCGCUGGACGGCACGCGGCGCUACCGCAAGACGGACGACCGGGACGACAUCCCGCCGGUGGGCGACGGCACGCUGCGGCGCGCCAUCGAGCGCAACACGCUGAGGCGCUCGCUGCUGCUCAAGUCGCGCGGCAAGCAGCGGCGCCAGGACUCGCUCGUCGAGCGCAUCCGGCAGCUGACGUGCGACGUGGACGACGACGUGGAUCCCGUGGUGGACGAGGCGCGGCCCGAGCUGGAGGGCACGUCCGACACGAGCGCGGACGGCGAGCGCCCGAGCGAGCGCCCGAGCGAGCGCCCGAGCGAGCGCACCAGCCCCCAGGGCGAGGAGCAGGCCUCGCUGCCGCCCGGGGGGUCCGGGGGCACUCCGCUGGUCGGACUGCCGCCCAUCAGCCACGCCAAGACGUCCUCCGCGUCCAGCUCCGCGUCGAGCACGUCCACCGUCACGUCCACCUACAAGAAGCUGUCGGACCUGUUCGCCAGAAAGAGCCAGGACAAGCCCAACCAUCACCAGGCGGAGCCCCUGUACCAGUACUACAGCCAGCUGUCACUGUCUCCGCCGGACCUCGGCAACGGCUUGGUGACCUCCCUGCAGCAGCAGCAGCAGCAACAGCAGCAGCAGCCCCUCCCGCUCCCGCACCAGCAGCAGUUUGUCGGCCCAAAGAACGCCGUCUCUCGCUCAUCCUCCACCGCCGAGGCACGCAAGCAGUUCCUCUCCACGCUGGCCCUGACCCCCGUGGCGGCGUGCGUGUUUCAUGACGCGGCCGGAGACCGCCGCAGUGGGGGCAUGGGCCACGAGUACAGCCUGGAGGACAUCGACGAGGCCCUGGCCAAUAGCGCGCCCGCCGCGCCCGCCGGCCAGCCGCCACCGCAGCAGCACGCGCAGCCCCAGCCCGACCUGGUGGCAGGUACGGAGGCCAAGUCGAGCUCCGCGGCGCAGCACAACCAGCAGAUGGACGAGCUGGCGCUGUUCGUGCAGCGCGACCAGUCCCGGAUAGACCGGAUACGGAAGAGGUACUCUCUCAACAGCAGCUCCUCGCAGGCAGCUGGCUCUGACGGCGAGGACGAUGAGCACGACGACUACGGCUUCAACCGGAGACCAUCCGUCCGCGGCAUCCGUCCGCGCUUCGGCACGACUCAGGAAAUUGUCAACCAGAUGACGCAGCAGUCGCCGCCGGGACCCCCGUGUCCCGCACACCACUGGCCUGCCUCCGUCUCCAUGCCCGGGGCGGGAGAGGAUUCACUGCAGGAGCCCCUGCCACACCCCGGGCAACACUCUGGCCAGCAUCCUGGCCAACACCCAGGCCAGCACCCCGGCCAACACACUGUGCAACACCCCGGCCAGCACGCUGGACAACACCCCGGCCAGCACACUGGGCAACACCCCGAACCUCGCUCUGGACCUCCUCCAGUUCCGGUCAGGAACCUGGACCUGGAGGAGCCGUACGUCUACCACCCGAGCGACUUCCACCGCAUGACGGUCUCCACGGCGGCGGCGGCCGAGCACUCCGUCAUGUACCCGGCGGGGCAGCAGUACCUCAUGCGCAUCGCGGGCCAGACCGUGGCCACCGCCACGUCGGGCGCGUACUCCAUGAGCUCGGCGGCGGGCGGUGGUGCGGGGCAGGUGGGCGCGGGGCAGGCCGGCCCGGCGGCGACGGGCUCCGGCAGGGACGACAUGGACAUCUACGCGAGGCGCGCGGCCGGCAGCGUGCUGCAGAUGCGCAUGGCUGGCGCCCAGGGCUACGACCCGCCCUACGCCACGCUGCCCGCGCACGGCCACGCGCAGCCGCGGCCCGCUGGAGGCCAGCCCUUGGGCCAGCCCUUGGGCCCUCCUCCCGGCGCCCCGGCAGCCUCCUUCAUCCGCGUGGACCACGGCCAGACGCACGCCAUCCGGCUACCGUUCCCCAGCGGAACGCCCGUACAGGUCCACCUCCUCGCCACGGCGCGGCGCUCGGAGAGCCCGCAGCGGUACGACCACCAGCAGGUGGUGAUCGGCACCCAGACGGCGUACUACCAGCAGGCCACGACCACGACGGGGCCUGUGGGCCCGCCGCUGGGCCCGCUCGUGUACCAGGAGCAGCCCGUGCUGCCGUCGCUGCCCGGCCUGCCGAUGCCGGGCCACGGCUCGCCCACCCGGGGCGCGAAGGCCGUGGCCGCCCUGGGCUUCCACGCAGAGCGCGCCGAGCGCGGCGUGCCCGAGGGCGCCGCCUCCUCGUCGCCGGCGCUGUACGACGCCUCGCACGCGCACCAGCCAAAGGACCUCACAUCCCCAAACUCGGCCAACGCCGUCUCCUCGCCGUCGUCUGAGUUCCCGCCCGCGUCUGGUCCGACCACGCAGGCAGCUGCCGCAUCUUCAGUGUAUUACGCCAUGAACGUUUGAUGGGCAUGUCGCUCACCCAUAGGUGGCGUUGGUCCAAUUUUAAAAAGUCAAUGAGCUGAGACUCCCAGCAGUUUAAAUAGUGAUGCGCCAUUAAUAUAAAAUGUCAAGUGUAAAAUGUCAAAAUAGAGUGGGCUUUCAAAAAUUUUAAAAUUUGAAGUUUAUGACUUGACUUGUUUUCUGACAGAUUCUGGCGCUUUCCUUUCCAUAAAAAUGCACUCAUGAGAGUUUUUUUGUGAUCAGCUCAAAGACGUUUGAACCAUUAUGAAAUAUUUUACUUUGUUAAUGGAAAUGAAAAAUAAAUAUUCCGACAUUUCUGAUUUGGGAGGAAGGGGGGGGGGUAAAUUUAGUCUUAGGAAAUAAAAUGUAUAACAACAAAUAAUGAUUAGCAGAUAUUUCAAUUUCAUUUGGAAACUGUAUCUGCUGUGCUUUCUUGUUGGUAAAAGAUAAAUCAUCCUCAGUAAGCACAGGGAACUGCUACAGUUUGGAACUAGAUGACUGAAUUUUAUGAAACUCAUAGCACAUUCUGAACUGUCAUCUCUCAUGCGGUUGUACUAACCACUUGUCUCGUUAACAGUUUGGGACUUGUUUAAUGACACACUGGCAAACCCCUUGCCAACAGUGCAGGAAACAACUGUAUGGAGUUAUUAGAAUAUUUUGUAUAGAGCUUUCAGUAGUACAGGGACAAAAUCUCACUGUGAUAUAUAACUUACUAUUAUCUUUUAUCUGUUACUAUAAAGCUUAUAUACUUUUAUUGUUCUUAGAAUAACAGUCAAGAGCCUGUUUCAUCCUGAACAGACUAGAUAUGUGUGCAUUUCUCUCCAUCUCCAUCCUUCCUUGCUUUUGCUUCUUUUUUUAAAUUUUAAAUAAAGUUACUGGCAUUCCACCAACAUAUCAAAACAAAGUAUCGCACAACAUGAAAAUUAACUCAAAUUACAGUAUUUAACAGGAAAAACAUGUUGUACUUGUUUUACUCAUGGCUUAACUGAGAAUUGCUUUUGCCAAAGAAAAAUAUAGAGCUUUGUAAAAUUGUCUAUGUUCUUCCAUUAAAUAGCAAACAGGUGGAGCAGCCAGAACAUAAACUGGGUUUUGCAUUGAAGAGUGAUAUUUCAUCUUGUUUUUCUAGGAAUUAUAUUCCUUAGAAUAUAUGGGAUGCAUAUUAGUUGAUGAAAGAGGUGAAGACUACAUGUCGAUUUAUGGAUGGAAGAAAGGGUGAUAUACACUGUGAAUCUGAUUUAUUUGUACAUUUGCCAGUGCCAAGCCAAAUAAAUAGGCCUAAUGAUGGGUAUCUCUUCAAUACUAUUAAUUCUAGCAGACUUUGGGAGAGGAGGGGAGGGGGGGUCUACAUAUUUUUUUCCUGCUAAUUUUAUUGCAAAUGUUCUUUUAUGUGUGUUGUAAGAAAUGAUUGCUCCUUUAGGGUGUAUAGUAUUAUUAGAUUUUGAAGGCUGAGAAGCCUGUUGAUCAAAAGUGAUUAUGCCAAAGAGAUGAUUUAAACCUCAAAUUGUUAUGUAUCUUAGAUACAACUCUGUAUCCAUCACAUGUUUCAUUGUUACGAAAAGAUUCUGUUGAUUUCUUAAGAUGUUUACAGUGCCAAAGAUGAUCUUAUCUUAAUCUAAUGUAAUGCAAAAAUUUCAGCAUGUGUUUAAAUACAAGUGCACACACCACUUCUAUUUGUGAUUUCUUUCAUUUCAAAACAUAUAACCACAAAGAAGUUUGAAAGAUCUCAGCAUACGUAUCAAAUCAGUGGAUAAACUAAUGUAAUGUGAUAUGUGUCUCAUGAUCUUAUGCACUCCGGAGAAAACAUUUCAUCAUGCUCUCUGGUCCAUACAAAUAGAUGGGGAUACCAACAGGCAGAGUGCAUUCCAAACACGGUCUACCAAGAGAGUUCAUGAUGAAAACUUUCCUCGCUAGAGUGCAUCAAGAAACCUGACUCAGGUCACAUUAGUUUUUCCAGUGAAUCUGCGACUAAUGAAAGAACCGAAUGUUAUUUAAUAUUUAUUAGAGGACUUUGUCUAUCAUGUGAACUUAGAUAUCAUUUUAAAUAAAGGAAGAUAUUCAGAACCAGUA